GAAGUGGCCAUUUUUAUAGCUGUAAAUCUUUGGUGCUUUGAAUUUUUCUUUUUCGAGAAUGGGACGAAAACCUUGUUGUGAUAAAGUUGGAUUAAAGCGAGGUCCAUGGACAAUUGAGGAAGAUCAUAAGCUGAUGAACUUUAUAUUCAACAAUGGUAUUCCUUGUUGGCGACAUGUUCCCAAGCUUGCUGGGCUUCUAAGAUGUGGGAAAAGUUGUAGAUUGAGAUGGAUAAAUUAUCUAAGACCAGAUCUUAAGAGAGGGUGUUUUACAGAAUCAGAAGAAGACGAGAUUAUUCGACUUCAUUCUCAACUCGGAAAUAAGUAAUGGAAAACAUCAUCGAAAAGAUUGCAGAUGUUGAGAUUUAAAUCUUAAACUUAUUUUGUUUUUUAUUGUAGGUGGUCUAAGAUUGCAUCACAUUUUCCGGGUCGAACCGACAAUGAAAUCAAGAACCACUGGAAUACCCGAAUCAGGAAGAAGCUGAAGCUUCUUGGUUUAGACCCUGUGACACACAAACCUAUUGAAAAUGGAGAGAAAAAUAAACAAGAAGAGACAAAGUCAGAGGAUGUAAGAAAAGAUGAUGAAAUUCAAACAACUUUGGAUGGAACAGAAACAGAUGAUUUAUUGAACAAUUAUGAAAUAUUGUGUGGAAGCUUAGAUUCUUCAUUUUCAAAGGAAGAAUCCAACAAUCCAUCAAUGGCUACUCAAGAAGAAGAUUGUUUGAAGCAAUGGGUUGAUUGUGUGGAUUCAUUUUUCUCAUGGGAUAAUUUUAUUCAUCUUGAAGAACAAAUUCCAUUUCCAUGGCUCUGAAGCUGUAUUUUUUACCAGGAAACUGCUGUUUUUUAAAGUUGCAAAAUUUCUUUGUGAUUUGAUAACUGUAAAUAUUUCUUUGUAUGGUCAGUUUGUCAUGUAUUUGAUGCUCACUCCAAUAACAAU